AUGUAUUAUUCUGUUAAACUUUAGGCAAGAUUUAAUCCAUUAACAAUUGUAAUUGGUAAGAAAUUAUUUAUAUCUGGCUGUUAAUGUAAUUUUGGUGGUUCAGNUGAUGUAUAAAAUGAAAAAAAAGAAUAAGAUGAAUCAAAUAUUAUGAAAGUUUCUGUAGAAACAGUUUAGAAUGUUAAUUAAAAUUUAAACAAUUAGUCUGGAAUAUCUUAAAUAUAAUUAGAGUAAGAACAUAACAAAAACGAAUUGGAUAAAAAAACAAUUUAAGAGACUGCUAUCUUUUAAACUAAAAAAUAGGAUUAAUAUAAAGAAACAUUUGAAAAGCUUGAUGAGAAGAAUGAAUUCAUAUUAGAAAGUCAAAAAAGUUCAAAAGAGAAGUAAGAUGAUAACAAAUAAAAUCAUGAAAAUUAAUAGAAAUUAUUAUAAACUAAGUAAUCUAUCAAAUUGUUAGAAAAUGAUAGUCAAAAUAAUUUCAUAAAAGUCAUUGAAAAAAAAAGUGGAAAUGAUAUUAUUAUCAAUCCAUUAGAAAUUAUUUAGGAUCAAAAAAAUGAUUAAUAAGCUAAUUCUUUAUUUGUAACUCUAGAACCCUCCGAACAAAAAUAUGAUUAAGAACCUUAAUGA